AUGGCCGAUAUCAUUAGUAUUAUAGAGGGAGAAAACACCCAAACACCUUCUCCCAUUUCCUCCUCCCAAUGGAGGAGGACAUUAGCUAUUGAUCAUUACCAGGAAUAUUCACCUGCAGGGCCAUCCCAGAUUCACAAGCAGGUGGUUGUAGUAAUGGAUGGGCUCAGAGAAUUUUCUUGGGAGCCCUUAGAGUGGGUACUCAAGAAUGUUGCUGAUGGAGGAGGUUCUUCUUCUUGCAAAGUUACUCUUCUUGGAGUUAAGCCAUGGCUUAACAUACCUCUGUUUUCUAAGACUUCGUCGGAUUUUUGGAGCAUCGACUUGGACGAGUUGUCCUUGAUAAGAGAAUUGAGGAACGAUGCUAACUAUCACAUAGUUCGAGUGCUUCUGGACAUUUGCCAGCACUAUGGGGUUGUUCUGGAAAUCAGAACUGAGAUGGGGCACCCAUUACAUUUGCUCGUGCUUGAGGCAAUCAGCAGUCUUCAUGCGACACUCGUUGUAUUCGAUAGGCACCAUGACAGGAAGUAUAUAGAAUUCUAUGCUGAAAAAGUACCAUGCAACAUGGUGAAGAUGAGAGAAGAUGGCCAAGUGGAAGCGAUCAAAAUACGAAGAGUUCAAAGCGCGGAUUCUACUCCAAGAAACGAUGCUUCUUCCGUCAAUGUGGUGGCGCCGAGCUCAAGAUCGGCUAUAUUUUCGGAGAAAAUCAAGAAACUUUUGAAGCAAAAACACGAUAAGAGAGGGAGAUUAGGCCGGAACCUGCAGGACGGCGACGAGGAUGAUGGCACCUCCGUCGUCCAACGUGUGGUUUCCAAAUCGAAAUCCGUGAUACUCACCGGACAAAUCAAGAAACUUCUCAAACGCAAGUACGAGAGUUUUGGUAAGAAGAACAACGAAACUGCUGCCUUUAGUAUGUGUUUGAACGGCAUAAAGGAUUAA